AUGGUACAGACAAGGAAGUUCAGAGGUGUCCGGCAGCGUCAGUGGGGCUCUUGGGUAUCCGAGAUUCGCCAUCCUUUACUGAAGAGAAGAGUGUGGCUAGGCACAUUCGAGACGGCAGAGGCGGCGGCGAGAGCAUAUGAUCAGGCUGCCAUUUUGAUGAACGGACGAAAUGCCAAGACCAAUUUCCCUGCCGCCAGUGACGAAGAUGGCGGUCGUAAAGUAGAUGAGACUCCAUUGCCGGGCAAUGCUCUUUCUGAGGUUCUCAAUGCUAAGCUCAGAAAGUGUUGCAAAGACCAAUCUCCAUCCCUCACUUGCCUCAGGCUCGACACCGAUAAUGCUCAUAUUGGAGUCUGGCAAAAACGUGCAGGCACUCGUUCGAGUUCCAGUUGGGUCAUGAGAGUUGAGCUCGGGAAUAAAAAGAUGAUUACACCAGCACCUGCAUUAUCACAGGAGUCGUCAUCGUCGCUGCCUAAUGUAGCUGAUAAUAUUGAAGGCGAAAGUCAUGUAAUGGGAGAAGAAGACAGGAUUGCAUUGCAGAUGAUUGAAGAAUUACUCGAGAAAUGA